AAUAAAAUGCCAAAGAAAAUCACAGCCUGAGAUUUUUUCUCUCUGAGCUUUUAACGACAAUAAAUUUAUUUAUUAAAAUUAAUUAAUGUCAUUAUAAACCCUAAAAAAACCCCACAAAAUCUUCAAUAAAUUUCACUACAGCUCUGACAUUCAGUGCUUUUUUUUCCCCUACAAAGUCAAAAAAAUAUUUUUAUUUUUGUUCCUCGUUAUAGUAAAAAUAUAUCUGCAAAGGCAUUUCUCGAAGUCAUUUCUCAAGUCCCCAAGAGCUUGAAUUUCCAGCUUCAAUCAGGAAAUUUCCGUACCGUUUGAAAUUGUAUCUGUUUGGUUGGAUAUGGUUACUCAGAUGCAGACAUUCUUUGAUGGGGAGUGUCUGAGCUGAGCAAAGAGAUGCUGGAUAUCGGCUUUCAGUUGGAAUGAAGAACUUGCAGAGCACAGAAGAUAUAAAACCUUCUACUGAAGAUUCACAUGAACCAAAAACGGAACAGCAGAACAAUCAAACUGCAAAUGGCUCCUUAGCAGACACUGGCUCUUUAUCUGCUUCAAGCAACAAUGGCGGAAAAGUUUCAUGCCAAGAUAUUGAACUGGUCCAGAAUUUAAUUGAACGAUGUUUACAACUCUACAUGAAUAGAGAUGAGGUUGUCAAAACCCUCUUGAAUCGAGCAAGGAUAGACCCUGGAUUCACAACUUUAGUAUGGCAGAAGCUGGAAGAGGAAAAUGCUGAAUUUUUCAGGGCCUAUUACAUAAGGCUGAAGUUGAAGAAGCAAAUCCUUUUAUUUAACCAUUUGCUUGAGCAUCAAUAUCAUAUGAUGAAAUAUCCAGUGCCUCCAAAGGUUCCCCUGGCCCCAAUACAAAAUGGAAUUCAUCCCAUGCCUGUCAACAACUUACCGAUGGGAUACCCUAUGCUACAACCUCCAAUUCCGGCUGCAGGGCAACCUCAUCUUGAUUCUAUGGGCAUAUCAAGCUGUCAUGUGGUCAAUGGAGUCCCUGCACCCAGCAAUUUUCAACCUAUGCGUAUGAAUUCUGAAAAAGACAAUGCCACUGAUGUAACACCUGCAGCUCCUCCAACCACUACCGUGUCAUCUAUGUCAGAGAUGCCCGUGAGCCCUACAUCAGUGGCAUCAAGUGGGAAUUUUCCCUUCACUGCAUCAGACAUGUCAGGGAUAGGAGUUGACACUUCAGCACUUGAUUCAGCCUUCACAACAGAUGUGGCAAGUUCAGUAGGAUUGCAGCUGGGACCUGAAAAUGGAGCCGGGAAUUCUAGAGAUUCCCUUAGAUCAUUGGAUCAGAUUCAGUGGAAUUUCAGUCUUACAGAUCUGACAGCAGACUUGUCAAACUUGGGAGAUUUAGGAGCCCUUGGGAACUAUCCUGGUUCUCCUUUCCUUGCCUCUGAUUCAGAAAUUUUGCUUGAUUCUUCAGAGCAAGAGGAUAUUGUGGAGGAAUUUUUUGUUGAUUCCGUACCUGACCAACCAAACUCUCCAUCUGAGGAAGAGAAACCAUAGACCAAGGUGAGUCUUUACCUUCUGAUCUUAAAAUUGUUACCGGUAGGAUAGAUUUAGAUCAAUAAGAACAACAUUUGACAUCUAUUCGGUAGGCAUUUCGAGUCUUUAGCAAAUUUGAAGCUUUAAGCUGUAUAAUUUUAUAUCUCGAUCGAUCGAAUAGCAGUCAGCAAACCUCAAACCAGCCAUGUUCCCCGGUUGUAAUUUUUCACGCAUUGUUGAAACGAGACUUUAUUUAAUUAUUAUUGUCCGAUA